AUGUUGAGUUCAUCGAAGUCGACGGCUCAGAUGAAUACGGAGAAGAUCAAUGCAGCUUUGAAAGUCAUCGAAAAGAAAUCUUCUGUUGGGGGAGCAUCUGAGGUUGGAAGUGAGAGGCUUGAUAGCUACACUUUAGAAGAUGGUACCAAGGUGUCAACAAAGGAAAGGGUCGUCAAGAAUGUGCCAUCAAUUACGGCGAAAAUUCCUUCGAAUGAAGAGGUUUUUGAUGCCAGGACAGGCUUGCCUAAUCACGAAUUUCUAAAGAAUCAUUUCAGGAAAGAGGGCAGGCUUCGUGAGGAGCAAGCACUUAGAAUAUUGGACAUGGCGACCAUUUGCCUUUCAAAGGAGCCGAACCUUUUACAAGUGCCGGCCCCUGUCACUGUUUGCGGUGAUAUUCAUGGACAGUAUUUUGACCUGUUAAAGCUAUUUGAAGUUGGAGGUAAUCCGGAGACAACACCUUAUCUUUUCCUUGGUGAUUACGUUGACCGUGGGCCCUUUUCAUUCGAGUGUUUGAUAUAUUUGUAUGCACUGAAACUAAAUUUCUAUUCCCAGUUGUGGUUACUCAGAGGGAACCAUGAAUGCAAGCAUCUUACUUCUUAUUUUACUUUUAAAAAUGAAUGUUUGCAUAAAUAUUCGAUGAAGGUUUAUGAAGCGUGUUGUCACUCUUUUAAUGCGUUGCCGUUAGCGGCGUUGAUGAAUAAUCAAUAUUUUUGUGUCCACGGUGGUAUAUCACCAGAGUUGAAUACCGUUCAGGAUGUCAACAAAAUACACAGGUUUAAAGAAAUUCCGUCUCGUGGGUUGAUGUGUGAUCUCGUCUGGGCAGACCCAGUGGAGGAUUACGAUGAGGAUACCGUAACCAAAGGGAAUUUUGUGCCCAACUCUGUUAGGGGUUGUUCAUUCGCCUUCACGUAUAAAGCCUCUUGCGAGUUCUUGCAACGAACAGGUUUACUUUCUAUUAUUCGAGCGCAUGAAGCACAGGAUGCAGGCUAUCGAAUGUAUAAGAAUACUGAAACUCUAGGUUUUCCCAGUUUGCUGACCUUAUUCAGUGCACCCAACUAUCUUGAUACGUACAAGAAUAAGGCCGCAAUCCUGAAAUACGAAUCAAAUGUCAUGAAUAUCCGUCAAUUCAAUAUGUCACCUCAUCCUUACUGGCUUCCCGAUUUCAUGGAUGUUUUCACCUGGUCUUUGCCAUUUGUUGGUGAGAAAGUUACAGAAAUGUUGGUAUCAAUAUUAAACAUCUGUACAGAGGAUGAAUUAGGAGAAGAAACGCCCAUGAAUCCGGAAUACAUCGAAGAAAAGGCAGAAAACACAGAGCAUGCAUCAAAGUCUAAUUCAAGCGCCGCAUCAGGUGUUACUAUCAAGACCACUUCUAUCCUGGAUGAUGACAAUAGAAGGAAAGCUUUACGGAACAAAAUUUUGGCUAUAGCUAGAGUUUCUAGAAUGUAUUCUGUUCUGCGAGAGGAGAGUGAUAAAGUCAAAUACCUUAAGACAAUGAACUCAGGAGUUUUACCGAGGGGUGCCUUGGCCAAUGGGUCUACGGGUUUGAACGAAACAUUAUCAACAUUUGAAGCAGCAAGGGCAAAUGACCUGAUUAAUGAAAAGCUUCCACCAUCAAUUGACAAGGCCAAACGUGAUAAGGAUCGAUAUUAUGAAACAAUAAUGAAAAAGGCUGAAAAAAAGAAGUAA